CUCCCGUCUGCGCUGCGCACGACCGCGACCCAUCCAUCCAUAUCGUCGUCAUCCCCGCCCGUCCCUCGACGCCCAGCCGUCCGAUCCGCAUCCCGGAUCCAUCCCAGCCGCCCGCCGGCUCUGCCACUGCCACCCUUCCCCCGGCUGGGAGAUCCCCUUUGCCUUUUCGAAACCACCCUCCUCGGCUCCUCCUCCUUCGGGACCGAUGGCAAACACGGCCACGCCCACGGCCCCGGCCUUUUCCUCCCCUCCUCUCUAGAUCGCGACGAAGCGGACUCCCCCCUCCCUCCUGCCUGAGCGAAGCGGACUCAGGGACGCGUCCCCGCCGCGAGGCCUGAUCGAUCCCUCGGUUUUUGGCGGUAGGGGCAAUGCUGCGUGCAUCGAGCUGCUGCUGAUCACGACUGAUUAUAGGUUUUAAUAUUUGCAUAUUUUGAUUGCUACAAGUUUUGGAUGAAGUUAGCACUUAUCUAUGGAAGUUGACAACUCACAUGGCACUCUAAUUAAUAAAAGUGAAGAGAAUGACUUUGAAAAGAAAGGCACUUCUGAUCCUGUGGUUUAUCAGCUAGUUCGGGUUGAAGGUGAUGGAACACUUGUUCCUGCUACAGAGGAUGAUGUUUUGCAGUUUGAACAUUUCCUUCAUAAUGAUGAGAAGGUUGAUCUUCCUUCUAUUGAAGAUGUAGGCCAUGUGGAAGAGUUUUUCAACAAUGACUGCAUGUUACUGAAGAAGCCUGACUUGGAAGAUGGAUCUUCCAAAUUGGAGACUGUAGAAGUACACACACAAAAAUUGGGUGCCGACUUAGAGGAAAACAGAUUACAGUCAUUGGAUGAUUCCCUUAGUCCUCCCUCAGAGUGUAGAGUUAUUCAUAGUCAGCAUUCAGAUAAAUUGCUUACAGAACAAGGGGACAAUGUGACUCGACAGGACAAUGCUUCAACUGAGACUACAAAAUCAACAGUGUUAAAUGAAUCUUGCAGUGCUGAAAAAGACAAGGCUGAUGCCUGCUCAAGACCUGUGUGCGACACAUCUACGGAUCCAUCUGUUUCUGGAGUUAAUAGUUCCAUGCCUGAUUUUUCCAUAUUAAGAGGAGAAGUCUGUUUGGAUGAUCUUACUAUUAGAGAACUUCAGGAGGCAUUUAGAGCCACGUUUGGCCGGCAGACUACUGUCAAAGACAAGAUAUGGCUCAAAAGACGGAUUACAAUGGGCUUGACUAAUUCAUACGAUGUUCCUAGUUCAGGUUGUGUAGUUAAAGACUACAAAAUUGUUGGCAAGGAUGCCAAAAAAGACAUAUCAGACAUGGAUGAAAGAUCUAAGAUUGGGCUUAGAGCUACUUCUCUAGUUAUAUAUCCAGGAAACGAUGGGGACUCGCCGUCUAGCUCUUACUAUCAGAGUGAGGACCAGCAAGAUUCUUCCAAGAGAGUUGAAAGAGUACAAAUCCAUAAUGAUGAACCACAAGGAAAUCUGCUAGGCAAGCAAUGCACUAACAAGCGAACUAGAAAGCCAACAAAAAGAUACAUAGAGGAGCUAUCAGACAUUGAGACUCAUGACUCCACUGUAAAAAUCUCUUCACCAGCAAAAAGGCCUGCACAUGAUGAAGUGUUAAUGAAACCGCGGGUCGCACCUUUCAAUGAGGCUGAUUCUCUGGGCACAAUCUAUCCUACUAGAAAGGAUACCCUUGGAGGAUUUAGUGUACAUGUUCCUUACGUUUCAAGGAUGAGAAGGGGGCGCCCUAGGAAGGACUUCAUUUCAUUUGCGGAUAAGGAACCCUCGGUUGAACCUAAAGGGAUUCAGACAGCAGUUGAGGUGAUAUUGGAGAAAGAUGGUGACAAGGGAAACCACCUGAGGAAAGCACCUGAAGUUCCAGUAAAGGUAAGUUCUGAGAAAGGGCAUAUAGAAGCAGUUGAUAGUGAAGGGGUUCGGAACCUACAAGCAAAGCUUUACAGUGCUGUUGCCAAACCUAAAAUAAACCGGGGUUUAACGCGGAAGCAUCAUCGAGCAUGGACAUUGUGUGAGGUCGUGAAGCUGGUUGAUGGUGUGGCUCGGUUUGGAGCUGGCAAGUGGUCUGAGAUCAGAAAACUGUCCUUUGCCUCAUAUUCUUACCGCACUUCAGUGGAUCUCAAGGACAAAUGGCGUAACCUGAUCAGAGCAACCAAGACACAGCUUCCGGCACAAAAAGACCAGGGUGCCUGUCCGCGGAAGAUUAACCCUUCUAUCAUACCAAUACCACCAUCCAUUUUGUUGCGAGUGAAGGAGCUAAACGAGCUGCAGUCGCAAGGGGGUGGCUUCACAGCCCCCGUCAAGUUCUCUGGACAGGACAGGAAGGUUCUACAGGGAAAAGGGUCAGGUUUUUUGUGAUCCGUGUCAUGCAGAUAUAGUGGGUAAAAGGAAAGCACUAGUUAGUUAGGUGUACGCUUCUGGACGAUGUGGUAUAUAUGGGUAAAUAUUAUACAUAGUUGGUGUAGCCACGUUAUCCAUCGUAUUGUUCGCUACACGCUCAAUGCACGUUGCUGGAACAUGUGUAAAUCAGACGUCCAGAAAAUAUUGCUAUAUCUUUGUAAAGGGCAGACGUCUCUGUGGCACAAGCACCAGUUAACGAACGCGUCAGGAGGACAUCAUUUUAAGAGCACAUGUAAACCUACCUAGGAAGAGGAAAAUGAGAGUUAAUGGAAUGUUGUCGCGGCAAUAUUGAACCAAAUGAACCAAAAUAAGUACUAUCUAUCUUAAAUUA